CACGAGGCCACGGCCUUCACGCCUCUUGGAAAGGUCUCUGCUUUCCCAGGAGCGUGGGGAGCGACAAUGAUCAAGUUUCAGGAGGCAGUGACAUUCCAGGAUGUGGCCAUGGUCUUCUCAGAGGAGGAGCUGGGGCUGCUGGGGCCCGCCCAGUGGAAGCUGUACCGGGACGUGAUGCUGGAGAACUUCCGGAAUCUGCUGUCCCUGGGAUUCCCGCCCUUCAAACCAAAGCUGAUAGUCCAGCUGGAGCAAGAGGAGGAGCUGUCCAUGGUGGAGAUAGAAGCCCCAUGGGAAGCUUGUUCAGAUACCAAGAACCAACAUAAUAAGCUGAACAUUCAAAAAGUGGAAUUGAGCUGCUUUCCCCACAAGGAACUUUCCUCCCGGCAUACCUGCCCACAUGGUGCAGUGAGGUUUCCCCGAUGUCUGGCAUCCCUGAAAAAGUUUCAAGGGAUUAUUUCUCAGCUGCAAAAACAAGGUGAUGCCUCCUGCCAGGAUUGGACAGAAAAACCCAACCCAAGUUCCAAAGGUGGGAACUAUGAGCCGAGCCAGAGAGAGAAGGAUGCCAGUCACAUUAAAGAUCAGGAAUCUCCACCCAGGACAGGCCAGCAGCUCUGGAAGAAAAUGUAUUUGACCAAGCUGCAUAACAGUCAGUGUCAGCACAGCACCAUGAAAAAUAACUUACACAGCAUCAGUUCUAUGUCACCUCAUCAUCACAACCCAGAGAUACAGGGAACAGAAAAAAACUGCAGCUGCCAUGACCAUGGGGAAGACACCAAGAGGGGGUCUAUGCUUCCUCAAGACUCAGUUUGCACAGCCCAGAAGGCCACUCCAGGUAAUGAGGACAGAAGGUCCCUCUGUGACAAAGCCAGCUCUGCCACUCACCACCGGCAGUCAUAUGUUGAAGGGAAGCCCCAUCUGUCUGGCCUCUGUGGAGGGGCCUGUAGUCACACUUCAUGUUUCCAUAUUCUUAGAAACGAGGAUUGUGGUCUUGCGCGCUCGUGCCAGCAGUUCCAUCGGUGGGCGCUGACAGAGGAGAAGCCCUGCAAAGGUAUCUCCAGCCACAACUUCAGACAGUGCCCCUGUCAGCAGAUGUACGGACUUAUUCACACAGGAGAAACGGCCCACGGAUGCAGCAUGUAUGAGAAAGCCCUCAGUCGCGGCUUAGACCACAGCAGUCUGUGGAGGGUCCACCCUAGGGAGGAGCCCCACGAGUUCACAGAGACUGGGAAUGUCUUUAGUCAGAGUUCACGUUCUCUUGCCCAUCAGAAGACACUCUCAGAAGAGAAACGCCCCACGGAGGCAGGAUGUGGAAAGGGUCCUAUCCGUGGCUUGCAUCUCAGCCCACAGCAGAGAGUUGAGAUGGAACAGAUUCCCCGUGACUCUGAGGAGGGCAUCCGUGGCUUCUGUCUCCCUCCGCCCUUACCGGACCUUCACCGUGUCCACAGUAGGGAACAGCCAUGUAGACACCACGCAUAUCCGAACAGUGCCAGCCAGGAUUCCCACCUCCCAGGCCAUCCUAAAAUGUGCUCCGCAGAGAAGCUGUACAAGGAGUGUGGGAAUGGCCUCAGUUGGGGUUCAAAGCCGAAGGAUCACAAGAGAGUCCCAGGUGGGGAGAAGCCCCACGCAUGCAGACUGUGUGGGAAAGGCUUCAGUCACAGGUCCGUUUUGAACGUGCACCAGCGGGUCCACACGGGCGAAAAACCUUACAAAUGUCAGGCAUGCGACAAGGAGUUCAGCCGGAGCUCAUACCUCCAGGCGCAUCAGAGGAUUCACACCGGCGAAAAACCCUUCAAGUGUGAGGAGUGUGGGAAGGGCUUCAGCCGCCAUGCCUACCUCCAGGGCCACCAGCGUGUGCACACGGGUGAGAAACCCUACAAGUGCCAGGCAUGCGGCAAGGGCUUCAGCCGGAGUUCCCACCUCCAGGGCCACCAGCGCGUCCACACUGGCGAAAAGCCGUUCAAGUGCCAGGCAUGUGGCAAGGGCUUCAGCUGGAGCUUUAACCUUCAGAUCCACCAGAGGGUCCACACUGGAGAGAAACCCUACAAGUGUGGGCAGUGCGAGAAGGGCUUCAGCAAGGCCUCAACGCUCCUGGCCCACCAGAGAGUUCACACGGGAGAGAAGCCGUACCACUGCAGUGAGUGUGGCAAGAGCUUCAGCCAACGAGCCUACCUGCAGAGUCACCAGAGCGUGCACACCGGGGAGCGGCCUCACAUCUGUGAGGUGUGCGGCAAGGGCUUCAGCCAGCGGGCCUACCUGCAAGGCCACCAGAGGGUCCACACGCGCAUGAAGCCCUACAAGUGUGAGGCGUGCGGGAAGGGUUUUAGUCAGGGCUCGCGCCUGGAAGCCCACCGGCGGGUGCACACAGGAGGGAAGCCCUACAAGUGCCAGGUGUGCCCGAAGGGCUUCAGCGAGAGCUCCCGCCUCCAGGCCCACCAGCGGGUCCAUGCCGAAGGGAGGCCCUACAAGUGCCAACAGUGUGGCAAAGGCUUCAGUGGGUUCUCGAGCCUGCAGGCCCACCACAGGGUCCACACGGGUGAGAGACCAUACAAAUGCGAGGUGUGUGGGAAGGGCUUCAGUCAGCGGUCCAACCUUCAGGCCCACCAGAGGGUGCACACGGGAGAGAAACCAUAUAAAUGUGAUGCCUGUGGGAAGGGCUUCCGCUGGAGCUCGGGCCUCCUCAUUCAUCAGCGGGUCCACAGCGGAGAGAAAUUCUAUCAAAACGAAAGGUACAGCGCAGACGACCCAUCAUCCAAGGACCCGUACAGAAACAGGUUCUACGCCUUCCCCAGGAGGAAGAGGAGAAAAAUGACCAAGUUCCAGGCAGCAGUGACAUUCCAGGACGUGGCCGUGAUCUUCUCGGAGGAGGAGCUAGGACUGCUGGAGCCUGCCCAGCGGGAACUGUACCGGGACGUGAUGCUGGAGAACUUCCGGAACCUGCUGUCCCUAGGCCCCCUGCCCUCCAAGCCAGACCUGAUCUCCCACCUGGAGAGCGAGGAGAGGCUGUGGGCCACUGAGAGAGGAGGUCCACCUGGGAUCAAGCCGGGGCCGGAUCCUGCGAUGUGGUGCCCUUCACUGCGGGAGCUCUCGUGCUGGCAGAUCCAGAGACACAUUGUCAACAAACUGGCCAGGACUUGCGCCUUGGCACUGACCCAUCCAGAUGCAGCACGCAAGACAGCCCCCAGGGAUAUCCGCAGCCGGGGAGCAUGGCAGCAGGGACACGCAGGGGAAAAGGGGUCUUCUGCAUCCCAACCACCCCAGAAAGAGGCCCACAGCGACAGCCCAGCUGUGCCUGGGCCCCUGAGUGCCCGCGGCAGCAAGAAACGCUACUGGUGCCAAGAAUGCGGGAAGGGCUUCAGCCAGAGCUCAAACCUGCAGACCCACCAGCGCGUCCACACCGGCGAGAAGCCCUACUCGUGCCUGGAAUGCGGCAAGAGCUUUAACCAGACCUCACACCUCUAUGCACACCUGCCCAUCCACACAGGCGAGAAGCCCUACACGUGCGGGGCCUGCGGUAAGGGCUUCAGCCGGAGCACAGACCUCAACAUCCACUGCCGGGUCCACACGGGCGAGAAGCCCUACAAGUGCGGGGCGUGCGGAAAGGGCUUCACGCAGCGCUCGCACCUGCAGGCGCACGAGCGCAUCCACACGGGCGAGAAGCCCUACACGUGCGGAGCCUGCGGGAAGCGCUUCAGCUGCAGCUCGAACCUGCACACGCACCAGCGCGUGCACACGGAGGAAAAGCCCUACUGCUGCGGUGAGUGCGGCAAGCGCUUCAGCCUGAGCUUCAACCUGCAGAGCCACCAGCGCGUGCACACGGGCGAGAAGCCCUACCACUGCAGCGAGUGCGGCAAGGGCUUCAGCUCGGCCUCCAGCUUCCAGAGCCACCAGCGCGUGCACACCGGGGAGAGGCCCUUCCACUGCGGUGUGUGCGGGAAGGGCUUCAGUCAGAGCUCCUACUUCCAGGCACACCAGCGCGUGCACACGGGUGAGAAGCCCUACAAGUGUGAGGUAUGUGGCAAGCGCUUCAACUGGAGCCUGAACCUGCACAACCACCAGCGUGUGCACACAGGCGAGAAGCCCUACAAGUGUGAUGAGUGCGGCAAGGGCUUCAGCCAGGCCUCAAACCUGCAGGCCCACCAGAGCGUCCACACCGGCGAGAAGCCCUUCAAGUGCCAGGCGUGCCAGAAGCGGUUCAGCCAGGCCUCCCACCUGCAGGCCCACCAGCGGGUGCACACGGGCGAGAAACCGUUUAAGUGCGAGACGUGCGGGAAGGCCUUCAGCCAGCGCUCCAACCUCCAGGUGCACCAGAUAGUGCACACCGGGGAGAAGCCCUUCCGGUGUGAGGAGUGUGGUAAGGAGUUCAGCUGGAGCGCCGGGCUCAGCGCCCACCAGCGGGUGCACACAGGCGAGAAGCCCUACAUAUGCCAGCAGUGUGGCAAGGGCUUCAGCCAGGCUUCCCACUUCCACACGCACCAGCGAGUGCACACUGGGGAGCGGCCGUACGUCUGCGGUGUGUGCUGCAAGGGCUUCAGCCAGAGGUCACACCUCGUCUACCACCAGAGGGUCCACGCUGGAGGGAAUCUGUAGGGCAGCUUCGCAGGGCCUGCAGGGAUGGCUCCCUCUCUCUCCUCUGGGUGCUGGUGGUGGGCCAGAGCUCCUUCAGAAUACACAGACUUCAAGGAAGCAUCACGGGAAAGGAGGUGCAUUUAAAAGGUGCUACUUGGGGGGCUGGAGCGAUUGCAGGGUGCUUGCCUUGCAUGCAGCCAAUUGGGUUCAAUCCCCAGCAUCCCAUAGGGUCCCUGCGAGCACUACCAGGAGUGAUUCCUGAAUGCAGAGCCAGGAGUAACCCCUACACAUCACCACGUGUGACCCCAAAACUUAAAAAAUGCUGUUUGGGAGAUAGUACCAGGGCCAGGGCACAUGAGUCUGAUCCAGAUGUGAUCCCCAGCACUACUCAGCCAUCAGAGCAUCACCGGAUGUAGCUCUGAAGGUUGCCAGCACCAUGGGGGUCCACAGACCCCCAACAUGGACACACAGCCCCAGCUGAGUACUGCCUGGUGGGGCCCCCUGAGCAUGACUUGGGUGGCCCACCCACCCCCAAAGGCUGUUCUGUGAAUCAUCACAAGCAUGGAUUUCACAGGUUUUUCUCUCAUCUGUUCUAGAGAUGUGUGGUCUGUGUCAUAACAGAAUUCCAAAUGUUUUGCGUUCUCCCGUGGUAACACAACAGGUACGCACAGAAGCUCCUUGGCCUGUACCUAGGAGAGGCUGUGGCAGGGACAGCCAUGGGCAGAAUGUGGACUAAAAUGAGCCCCACGUACUUGACAUCGCCUGUACCGUGAAGCCGCAUACC